AUGAGAGGCUGUUCUCUACACUUUACCGCCGAAGACUAUUUUCGCGCAGAUCGAAUAAAAAGGCGUGUUUUGAAGUUAAACGCCGUUCCCACUCAGAAUCAUCCAUUGGCAUCUGAACCUACGCCUGGAACAUCAGGAAGAGAAGAACGAGCCAAGAAAAAGCACCAGCAAGAAGAAGCUCCAAAACCUUCAUGUUCUGGUGAAUGUGAAUAUGUUAAUGAAGAUGAGAUUAAUAAUUCAGAUAUUUCAGCAGCUGCCAAGGGUUUGUUACUCUUAAUGAAUGGAGGCCAUACCCAUACCUCUGAUAAAGUGUCUCCUUCUUCCACCCGUGAUGCAGAAGUACAAGUGAACACACCAAAAGUUGAGACUGUCUGUGAACUUAUAAAGACUGACGGUGAAUUAAAACACUUUGCAGGUAUAAACAAUUUUCAAAUAUUCAAUUGUAUAGUAAAUGUGUUUGAAAAAUACCACAAAGACAAAAAAGUGCAUAGGCUUAAUUGUAGACAAAGAAUAAUGUUAGUUCUAGUGAAGCUGAAGACUAGUUUACCCUAUGUUACAUUAGCUUUUUUAUUUAGUAUUUCCCCAGUGCUGUGUAAAACAUACAUUUGUGACACGAUUCCAAUUUUAUCGGACAUUUUAAAGCCACUUAUAUAUUUUCCCCCAAAAGAGGAAAUACUUCAAAAUAUGCCAAUCUGCUUUUCCAAUUUCCAAAAUGUUAGAGUAGUACUAGACUGCACCGAAAUAUACAUUCAGACACCAAAAUGUUUAUGCUGUAGGAUACGCUUUUAUUCACAGUACAAAUCGCAUAUGACUCUAAAGUUUAUGACAGGGGUCUCUCCUGCAGGGUUGAUAACUUUUGUCAGUAAACCUUAUGGUGGAAGGGCAUCUGAUAAAGUAAUUUUUGAAGGUAGUAAGGUUAUUAAUUUAUUAGAGCCUCAUAGAGAUGCAAUAAUGGUGGAUAAAGGCUUUCGGAUUGACAAUAUUUGUGAUUUACACAAUAUUAAAUUAAUUCAACCGCCUUUCUUAAAAAAUAAAGCACAACUGAGCAGUGAAGAAGCAAUUAUCAUUGCCAAAAUAGCUUCAGCAAGAGUGCAUAUUGAGAGGUCUAAUCAGAGAUUAAAAAUUUUUUAA